CAGUUGUUUACAAGCUGUGUCUACAAGCAGUCGGGUUUUAUGAACGCGUCCCCUAAAAAGUGCAUCUACCAGUGUAAGCAGUUUAUUUCAAAAGCUGAAAAAGAAGGAUCGGGUUGUUAUCCGUCGUACUACAAGUCGAGUAUUUCCCCUUUUCCUUUUGGAUUACCAACAACCAACCUUUAAAAAAAUAGUAAAAAAGAAGAAUAAACCGGAGGAGAUGAGUUGUUCUGAAUGAUACAUUCUUUCUCCCAGUGAAUCUGAGUGAGUGUCUGUGUGUUUGUGUGUAUGUUUGUGCGAUUAUUGUGCAUAGAUAUACGAUAUAUGUAUAUGAAAAAAGAUUAACGUUUUUUUGUAUCGUUGUUAUUCCUUAAAAUUAAAUAUCCUUUUCCGCUUGUUGUCGUCGUUUGUCGUCAUCAUCAUCGUCAUCGUCAUCGUCGUCGUCGGUGUCUCGUCGAAAAAGGACACCUUGUGCGUGUUAAAGUGUACUCGUAUGUUAAUAUGUCAAUUUUGCUGAGGUCCACAUUGGGCGCCAUUUGAUAAAAAUGUUUCAAGAUAAAUGCAAAAUUGUUUUUUGUGUGUUCCAUCCUUCCGGUAAAUGUUGUGCAUAGUAUAGUGUAAGCCAAAUCCAAAUUGGUCUGCAAGAAGAAAUAAUACAACAACAACAACAACAAAAUCAAAACGAAAAUAAAGAAAGGGUUUGGGAACCAACUCAGAUGGAAAAUGUUUUUGUGUGUGGUGCUCAACUUAAAAGAAAAAAUUGAAAUAAAAUAAAAGAAGAUAAGUAAAAAGGUAAAACGUGUUUUGUGGGAAACGUGAAAGAAAGAAGAAGCAGAAUAAAUAAAUUUGUCCAACGUACUUACCCGCAAGUGGUUCAAUUAUUUUGCAUCAAACGGGAAAAUAUAUAUUCGACUGGAUUUUUGGAACUCAGGAUUCGGGGAUCCCUAACGAGCGAGCGUAAGAGACCAGAGACCAACCAAGGCGACGCGACGAGAAGAAGGUAUAUUGGUGCUGGUACUUGUGCUGGUGUCGCAUGAAUCCGGUGAAUUUAUUAUGCGAUAUUGGAUUUAGUAACAGAUGAAAACCGGCACUCUCAAGUUGGACUGGCCGAAGAGAACGACCAUAGCUAGCGGCAAUUUGAUCAAAGAAGACGCAACACCUAUAAAGUGUCAUGUAUCUUAACCAAAAACAGCAUUCAACAAAGUAGUCAACAAACAAACUCCCAGAGAUAUGAUUCAAAUAAGCUCACAUCACAAGGAUUUAUAGCCCCUCCAUCUAAAAACAUUCCGUUUCUGACCAUCACCUUCCUUUGAUGUAGUUUUUCAAAACAUCAAAGUUUUUCAGAAAAACACGAUAAUAAAAAUAAAAAUAAACACAACAAAGAAUAUAAAUAAAUAUACAAUAAAUUUUAUUGCAAACAAAGGAAGAAAGUGAAAAAUAAUGUGCACCGAGUGAAAAGGUGGUGAAAAGAAAUAAAUUGCAUAAAAUGCAAUAGUGAAACAAAGAAAGAAAAAUAAAGUAAAAUAAAGUGAGAAAAAUUAUUCUAUCUAGAAUUUCCGUCUCAGUGAAUCUAUCUUCGCCUUCGAGGAAUAAUCAACCUUCCCUUUAUAUUGUAUACUUCGUAAGUGCAGAGCUCAGAGUUUCCAAGUUGCCCACAUAUUUAACUUAAAUAAAGAAAAUAGGUUUCCGUGCUUUUUACAUACGGCGUCGUCGUUGGUGGACGCCGGCACCGUCACCGACACCGACAGCGACACCGACAUCGUCAACGGCAACAAACUCGUCCAUCACGACCACAGCCAGAGUCAGAGCCGCAACUUCAACCGAAGCCAAAAUGGAAUUCCUUAAAAGGAAACAUUUUUCAUUGUGGAUUAUUACAUUAAUAUUAGCUGCAUUAGUGGAUCUCAGCAACGGACUCCAAGGUGUUCCAACAUGGAUGUGCUUGGGAAUAAAAUCACCAUUCAUCGAAUUCAGUAACGAAAUCGAAGUUCUUGCCAACACAAGUGUUUCACUGAACAUCACAAAAGACGAACAGGCACUGAUGCAUCAAGAGGGAUUAAAGAAGUUAGGAACAUUUAUAAAACCAGUGGAUUUGCGUGACGCCACAACGGGAUUUGUAAAAGCUAACCUGACAAAAAAGCUUCCACCUUCUUCACCAAGCAGAAAGCGUGGCCAUGUAAACCCAAUUCAAGAGGAAAUGGAACAAAAACAAAUAGUCCUACUCGAUGAAGAUACAGAUGAGAAUGGACUGCCAGCGAGUCUGACAGAAGAGGAUCGAAAGUUUAUUGUGCCAAUGGCAUUGAAAAAUGUCACACCAGAUCCAAGAUUGCCUCCUACUACGACAACAUCAACAACAACCACAACAACGACCACAACGACAACAACAACCACUCCGGACUUUGCAUCGAACAUCGAUGAUCUCAAAAACCACAUUCUCUUCCUGCAAAACAUGACCAAGCACAAUAGUAAUUUCCAGAGCAAAUUUGUUGUUUUCCCAAGUCUUCAAAAGGACAAAAGUCCACCUGCUACAACGACCACAACAACAACUACCACUACUACUACACCGAGAUCCUUAUACAGAUACACACCUCCAGUACCGCCUCCUACAAGACGGGCGACAUUUCAUUCGUAUGCCACAUCGCCUACUCCUCGUUCUCAUGAAUUCGAUCAUUAUUUCGAUCACGAAGAUCCAAUGGUGGCGAUACAGCGUGAAAAGAUCACCAUCGUUCCACAAGUUCUGCUCCUGAAUGACCAAACUCCACCCGAUGAUAACGAAGAAGAUAGUCGCCGAAUGGGAGACCACAAGGACCAGCGAGUGAUAUACUCGAAGAGAAAAAACUUUCGCAAACCAAGCACUCCAGCAAGUGUAACAACCACCAUUUCCACUCAAACAACCAUCAAUAUUCCUGAGAAACCUUUCCGAAAAAAUCCCAAAAGGCCCAGAAACAACGGAGAAAAACGAAACAAGAAUCAGAGAAAGCCCUGCAAGAACCCAGACUCUCCCAAAUGUCAGCGCCAAAGAAGAAGACAGGAGCAACAGCAAAUGUUGGAACAGCAGCAGUUACAACAGCAAUACCCGCCUUUUCAGCCAUUUCUUCAGACAAUCAACAAUACUCGACGUUUUGCGGUCUCGAUUGAAAUACCCGACUCGUUCAAAAUCAAGCCCAACGAAACCAAGGAAAAAGACCCGUCGGCUGAAUUGAAGCUUUUACGGAUUCCCAGAAGUCACCAUAACCGACGGAAUAUUGGCGGAGCUUACGGUUCUACGUACUAUGAUGCCCCAGCGAAAGACUUUAUAAUGUCAGGCGGGCAGUUGGGAGGAAUGAAUAGUCAGAUGUUUUUGAACAAUACUCCAAGUCCAACGGUGGCUGCCUAUUCGGAAACUAUCAAUUUGAACCCAGAUCUCUGUUAUGAUGUGGAUGCUCUCACUUAUGGUCAAAAGAAAAUUUGUGUCAUGAAUCCAAGUGUGAUGCCGGCAAUAAGCCGGGGAGCUAGAUCAGCUAUUCAGGAAUGCCAACAUCAGUUCAAAAACCGCCGCUGGAAUUGCAGUACAACAGAGGACAACACUGUUUUUGGGCCAAUGUCAAGUUUGGGAUCUCCCGAAAUGGCAUUCAUUCACGCAUUGGCUUCAGCAACUGUUACCAGCUUCAUAGCGCGCGCUUGCCGCGAUGGACAGCUGGCAUCGUGUGGCUGCUCACGUGGUUCCCGCCCCAGGCAAUUGCACGACGACUGGGCGUGGGGUGGAUGCGGCGAUGACUUGGAAUAUGCUUACAAGUUCUCUCAAGAUUUCAUCGACAUCAGAGAAAAAGAACGUAAACGUGGCACCCGCGGUCUGGCAUCAGGACCUCGGGUGAAGAAUGAUGAAAAAUCCCAGGACAAAUCACUGCCGCCGCCCCCAUUACAGCCCUACCCUUCUCACCUGUCGGAUAGAAAAAAUAUCACAGCAACAGAUGCUGUUUCUGGUGCUGGUAGAGCAGCCCCCUUGUCAUCGUCAUCGUUAUCGUCGUCGGCGGCAGCAGAGCAACAAAACGGUACAACGUCAACAACACUACGUACCUCACAAGAUGGGCAUGCCAAUAUAACUGUCAAUGUCGAUAGUGAUAGUAAAAAUGGCAGCAGCAGUAGUUCCUUUACAGGAUCUUCGUCUUACAGUUCGUCAGUCAACAAGGACAACACGGAGCGGGAAGAAGACAGCACGGAAAUGGGCAGCCGUUUCAAGCCAGAAGAUUUAUUGGAAUUGCAAGAAAGGAUAACAAAGGAGAUUCUCAAUUCGAAAUUACAGGAGAAGGAAAUGCUCGAAUUACAGGAAAAAAUCAACCGGGAGAUAUUAAAUUCUAAGGUUUUCAAUUUGGAUCACUACGCCGCAUCCAUGUACGGUGGUGGAGGUGGAGGCGGCAGUGGCAGCGGUGGCAAGAAGAAGAAAAACCAGCGAGCUGUUAACAGCAUGGGAAACGUUGGAAACAACAUGAUGGGUGUACUUGGGAAUGGAGGCGGUGCUGGCCCUGGUCGAUUAAAAAAUAUGAUGUCAAUGAAAGCACGAAGUUUAAUGAAUCUGCACAAUAACGAAGCUGGCCGAAGAGCCGUUAUCAAAAAGACUCGUAUAACUUGCAAAUGCCAUGGAGUUUCCGGAUCCUGUAGCCUCAUAACAUGCUGGCAACAGUUGUCAUCAAUACGAGAAAUUGGUGACUAUCUGCGCGAAAGAUAUGACGAAGCUACAGAGGUGAAAUUAAACAAACGUGGUCGUUUGCAAGUCAAAGAUCCCCAAUUCAAGGUCCCCACUGCCCAUGAUUUGGUGUACUUGGAUGAGAGCCCAGAUUGGUGUCGAAAUAAUAGACAACUCCAAUGGCCAGGAACCCAUGGCCGAAUCUGCAACAAAACUUCGUCAGGUUUGGAUGGUUGCGGAAUUCUUUGCUGUGGUCGAGGCUACAACACAAAAAAUAUUGUAGUUCGAGAAAGAUGUAACUGCAAAUUCCAUUGGUGUUGCCAGGUUAAAUGUGAUAUUUGUGUGAAAGUUCUCGAGGAGCACACGUGUAAAUAAGAUGAACAAGACGAACAAAAUUUAUUAUAUAUUAAAUAUAUUAUUUUGUAGAGCAGAUUUUAUUAUUUGUAAUAUUUUAUAUUUAUCGUAAUAAUUUAAUUUAUUUCAGAGAUUUUAUUUAAAUUCAUAAUGAUAAUAAAAAAAAAAACAAACAAAAAAAUUUAAUAAAAAAAAGAAAUAACACUAAAAAUUCCAUAUUUUUAAGAUAAUAUAUUCGAUUUAAGUCCAUAGUUGUUUCCUAUGAUGUCAACAUGUAGGUACCUACCUUCUUCAAGCGCAAUUUCGUUUUCAAACUUCACAAUCAGUAUUAAUUUUUAAACAAGUAAAAUAAAAAAAAAUAUAAUAAUUGACUUUUGCAAGUACCAACGAAGGUAUUGAAAUCGAAUUAAAGCACAAAAUAUAAAACAACAAUAAAACAAAAAACAGAGCAAAACAAAAUAAUUGUAAAAUAGAUAUGAUUUGUAAUUAUAAAAAUAAAGUUUAGUUGUUAGUACUUAAGGUUAGCAAGCAAAAACAAUAUACAUGUAUAAUUGUAGUAACUGUCUAUUAACUAGUUUGUAUUUAUUUUUAAGCGAUUGCCAACUUCUACUCUAAAAAUAAAAAUUACACUUGCCUAUUUCUGUAUAAGCCAUUUUUACUAACGUAAAAACUAAUAAUUAUUCCUAUUAUAAGCUAUUUUUACUGAUUAGUUUUUUUUUUUGUAUUCUUUUAAAAUUUUAAUUUAAGAUUUAUAUUAAAUAUUAUUAGUUGUAAUAUUUAUUCUAAUUUUGUUUGAUAGAUUUCGCUUUUAAGAUAUUUGAUGUUCAAAUUAGUUAUAAUCUUUUGAAAAGUAAAAAGGAAUACAUUUUAAGUAAAAUAUAAUAAAUUAGUAUUUAGAAAACAAUGCAGUACGGUGGUAGUGCAGCGUUGGCAUGCUUUGCGAUAUUGUGAAAUAAAUAACAAAUAAAAAUGUAGACUUGUAAGAACCUUGAAACCUUGUGAAACAAAAUAAUAAACAGAUAGCUGCGAGAAGAUCGAGAAAGGAUAUUGCAAACAAAAAAUAAAAAAAAUAAUUCAGAACGUGUAAAUGAAAUACUUUGUGAAA